AUGUCGACUGUAGCUGAUGACGAUGAUGACGACGACGAUGAUGAUGAUGAUGAUAAUAAUCAACCUAUGAAUCCAACACGCAUAGAAUAUUCAACAGAUCGAACAAUAAAUGAUUCAAAUGAUGAUUAUUGGUCAUUGAUUCAAAAUCAAAUCUUACUGCCAAUGAAUGAUAAACAAUUAUGUACAUUAAAACAACGUUUAUUAACCUAUUUAUAUCAUCGUGCUAAACAAAGUAAUAAACAAUUACGUUUUAUUCAUUCAUUUAAUGAUUAUUUAGCAAGUAAAUUUUAUAAAGUACAAUUUUUAACGAACAAUAUUGUUUUGCUAAAAUUUGCUCAUGAAACAAUUGUUAAUAAACGACAACAAGAACAACACAUGCAUUAUGCUUUAUUUGUUGUUUAUGACAUUCAAACAUCCACCAUCCUUAAUAUAUAUGAUGAUUCAUCGAUUGAAUUAGCUAGUAUAUUUGAAAAAUAUAAUGAUGAUUUUCGUUAUUCAUCAUCAUAUGGUUUAAUUAAUUAUAAAGAUUUAGAAUUUUUCCCUCUAUCAACCUAUGCUGGUCGUCGUCAAUUUGAACAUAUGUAUUAUAAUUCAACAUCAACCGGUGAUUAUGAUUUAAUAAAGCGUUUACUUAUGCAAUUACCAUUACGUACAAUAACACAUACAAUAUCACCAUAUCUUGAUUUAAAUUUAUAUUCAUAUGAUGAUAAAAUUGUUCAUAUCGAUGAUAUGAUAAAAACGUGUCCAAAUAAUCCCGUAAGAUUUUUUUCACGUGAUUGUCAAAGAAUGAAAUUUCAAUUAACAUUAACAAAUCGUUCAAUUAUUUUACCUCAAUUUAUGGCAACAGAUAAUUCAACAGCAACAACAACGACAACAAUUAUUACACCAGCAAUAACAAAUCAUAAUAAUAAUCCAACAACAACAACAACAACAGCUAAUGCUUUAUUUAUUCCGAAUACUUUAAGUACUAAUCGGCGCACCACAUUAGCUACACUUUGGCAUCCAAUAGAACCAUUCUGUAUAACAAUACAGCGUUGGCCAAGAGAUCUUGAUAAUAUACAUAAUUUUCAUUUAUAUCGACCACCAAAUUUACGAUAA